UUUGCCUCUCUCUCUCUCUCUCUCCCCGUGGGAAAUGUCUGCUCUUUUGGCUCUGUCUCUGCGUCCACAGCUCCAUUAACGUCCCCUCCUUCUGAUACUCUGCAACUCUCACUGCUCUGGGGGCUCCAAAGGAGGAGCCUUUUGUUUCCAUUCCAGUAGGGCGGUUGCUGGCUUUGACCCGAAUGGACGCAGGCGCACAGUACAACCCUAGGACCGUGGAGGAGGUCUUCAGGGACUUCAAGGGCCGCCGCGCCGGCAUGAUCAAAGCCCUCACCACUGAUGUUGAGGAAUUCUACCAGCAGUGUGAUCCGGUCGGUGCUUGCAGGCCUAACGUACUUUCUAUGAAAAAAGAGAAGGAAAAUCUCUGCCUCUAUGGAUAUCCAAAUGAGACAUGGGAAGUUAAUUUGCCCGCUGAAGAGGUGCCCCCAGAGCUGCCCGAGCCUGCUUUAGGCAUCAAUUUUGCAAGAGAUGGGAUGCAGGAGAAGGACUGGCUGUCCUUAGUUGCUGUUCAUAGUGACGCAUGGUUGUUGGCUGUGGCAUUCUACUUUGGUGCCAGAUUUGGUUUUGAUAAGGCUGACAGGAAGCGUCUUUUUAGCAUGGUUAAUGAUUUGCCUACAAUAUUUGAAGUUGUAACUGGAAUUGCAAAGAAACUGCCGAAGGAGAAGUCAUCUGUUUCUAAUCACAGUAGCAGCAAAUCAAAGUCAAGCUCAAAAGGGAGAUCGUCGGAGUCAGGCAAGGACUCAAAGGCAAUGCAGUCAAAGGAAGAGGAUGAGGGCCUAGACGAGGAAGAGGAGGAGGAGCACGGGGACACCUUGUGUGGGGCCUGCGGGGAGAACUAUGCUGCAGACGAGUUUUGGAUCUGCUGCGACAUCUGCGAGAAGUGGUUCCACGGGAAGUGCGUGAAAAUAACUCCUGCCCGAGCAGAGCACAUCAAGCAGUACAAAUGUCCCUCCUGCAGCAACAAGAGGGUUCGGCCUUGACAAUAAAUGAAAGUAAAGGAAAAGGGGAAGAAGGGACGGGUAGGUCUUGGUCACCCCCAAAUGUAAUUCUGUGUUAAUUGGAGGAACUAAACUAACUCUUUUAGUGGUUGGGUAGUUUUCAUUUUGUGCUUGUCGUGUAGGAAACACUUGAUGGACCGAAACACUUUUGGCAUUCUCGGAUGCUACUGCCUUUAGAUAUAUAUGUAGUUUAACGAUCCCUGAGGUUUUGUCUGUAUUCUUUUCUAUUCGUAUUGUUGCUUUCAGCUUCCAUGUUAUUUCUGGCAUGUUGGUUGAUGGACGCUGCGAGAGGCAGAAUGUUUGAUGGUAUAGGAUUUUUUGGCCGCUUGA